CAGCCCCCAAUUCCAGGGAGAUCUUUCCCUAACAUCUUGAAAAUUUAUCCACCUCAGAGCCUUGUGAAACAUCCGGGGCUUCACUUUCAUGCGGCUAAGUAUCUUGGCGCCCUCUGAUCAUCUUAAUCACGAGGUAGCGACCAAAGGAUGGCUCCACGACAUUAUCAAUACCAAAGUUCGCAUGCUCAUUUUACUGGAGAAAAUACUGUAUUCUAAGCGCCCGGACGGCUUUUCUGGAUUAAUCGUGUUUCAUGAACUCCUCAGGCUGGAUUCUUGCUACCACCUGGGGCCGGCGCUUAAAGUGCUGCACGGGCCUAGGGGUAGAGAUGGUCGCGCGUUUACUCCCACUUUGAAUGGGAUAUAUUGAUAGAUAGGAAGCCCAACUCCUCUGUUCUUUAUAAUUAUAGUUCCUGUCCAUCAGAAGUGCUAAAACUAUGCCAAGCAGGAAUCACCACCCUACGUCCCUCUCGUUGGAGCUAUAGCCCGCCGUGCUGCGGGCGCUAUAUAUCGAGUGCCUCCACCUCUUACCUUCGGUAUGCUAUCAGAUCUCAUCAAGAAGCAUGUGGGUUCUUUGAAAAAUUCACAAAACAAUGGUUGGCGGCCAUCAUACCUGCGAAAACGAAUACUGGCUUUGUUUGUGUUCGCUUUUGCCGCCAUAAUUGCUGCAUUAGAGGCUCUAUACCAAACGUCCGAAGCCCAAAGUGGUAUUGCAGCAUCGACUGAAGGCCGUCAUUAUCUUUGGACGUACGGCCCAACCGCAAUUCUUACCAUUAUUGCCACUCUUUGGUCACGAGUCGAGUUUCAGUCAAAACAAAAUGCGCCUUGGCAGUCAAUGCUCGAAGCUCCACAGCCAGCGGACAAAAGUGUGCUCGUGGACUACAUAUCCGAAAUGCAGCCCGUCACCAUGUGGAAAGCCUUCAAGAACAAACAAAUUAUCGUUUUCGCGAGUGUAUCUUGUACACUGCUCGUGCAGCUGGUCAUUAUAUUUUCAACCGGUCUCUUUUCGCUACAGGAGGUUCCAAUCCAACAAAACAAUGUCACGAUUCAACUACAUGACACAUUCAGCACUCAAAAUUCGACACUUGCAGCGGUCGGAUCACAACCUUACGACAUAAUCAAUGGUAUAGUCUUCGACAACCUGACUUACCCCGGUGGUACGAAUGUCGACUUGGUGUUUCAAGAAUUCUCUGCUCCGAAUGUCUCCUCUGCUGCUAUUGUUACUGCUCCCAUAGAAGGGCUGAAAGCGGAUUUGAGCUGUGAAGAUACCAUCAGCGUCGAUACCAAAUCCUUGUACUACAUAGAAUGGCUCAAGACUAACGGCAGUCAAGUCAGCGUGGUCUUCGAUUUCCAGAUUGUCACCCCAACGUGCAACAUUUCCCACUACGACCAGUUUGGGCUAGGCGCGAUAGAGUAUACCCAAAUGGGACAUUUCCAAUGGACAAAAUGUGGAAAUAGUACUUUGGAUGACAUGCGCGUUCUGGUCUUGUUGGUCGAGAUCGGAGACAAGAAUGCGACCCGCACAAAAGCCUCCGCAUACCAAGAUCUAAAAGCCAAAGGAAACGCAACCGACCUCUCUUCUGACAUUAGCCUUGAAACAAUCGCUUCCGAGGAAGCCACACUCCCAGGUCUGACCGCAGAAGACGUUGCCAAAUACAUUAUGGCUAAUUCCAGUGAUACUACGGGGUUCAGAGGCAUUGAACUAUUCAAUCCAUUCCCAGAUGAUGUGCAGGUUGAUGAAGCAUUGAGGCUUGGAUUGCUACUUGCAGAAGAAGACGCCACUCUUCAAAACCUCUGGCAGGGCAAUGUUCUUCGUGACUCAGCGUCUACAUAUUAUCGUGCAAUGACUGCCCAGCUUAUGCAUAUGGGUAUCUUGCAAGAAAAAGAGUCUACGACACUUGGCUCUGCUGUUGUGAACGAAAACCGCGUGAUGAUGAUGGAGCUGCCACUCCGGGCAAUCGAGGCAUGCUUGGCAAUAGUGAUAUUGCUGGUAAUAGUGAUCAUUGUGCAUAUUGCUCGCCAAAAAGCAACGACGUGGAACCCAGCCUGCAUUUUAGCCAUUGCAGCCAUAGCAGCAAACAGUGAAGAGCUCCGUGGAUCCCUUCGCGGACUGGGCGCAGUGUCCGAUAAGACACUGCAGAAGCGUCUUAAAGAUGACUACUAUUAUUCGCAAUGUACCUCAAAAGGUAUAUCCAUCGAGAUCAAUAAGAAUGUUGCCAAUGAAUCUCAAUUGACACACGAAAUUGAUUCUCAGUAUCGCGAUUGGAAACCGUUCCCCGGUCUUUUUUCUCGCCUUGCUAUCUUCAUACUGGUUACAGCAGCAAUCGCAGUUUUGGAGGUCCUUUUACACCUUUCACAAGUCAAUGAUGGGCUCGGUAAUGUCACUUACGUCAACGAGUACAUGCAUUAUGUGUGGACCAUUAUUCCCGGUGCCAUGAUGACCGGUUUAAGUCUUGCAUUCGGUAGCAUAGACUUCAACACCAGAUGUCUUGCUCCUUACUCGCACCUCAAACGUCCCACCGGCGCCUCAAUCUCACAGUCCAUGAAAUUGGACUUUUUGGACGCCCAGGGCUUCACCAACGCUUAUCGGUCUAUUCGUUCCAAACAGCUUCCCGUGUUAGCAACAACUCUCGCCACAGGCGCGGCAUUCUUUCUCACCAUCGUGAUCAGCGGUCUGUACUCGAUAGUUGCAGUCCCAUCCAGUGAGAUCGCCAAUUUCACGCGCGUGGGCGGAUUCCCGGACCCGAGGACCAUCGCAGGGGUCCAGCUUAAUUUGGAUGAGGCUGGCGAGGUCGCAGGAGUUCUAACUGCAGAAUACAUUCUUCAAUACAACUUUAGCUACCCUCGUUGGACGUACGAAGAGCUUGCGUUCGCAGAGAUUUCAAUGAAUGACUCGUCGAUCAACACCAUGGGGGAUGGCUCUUAUGUGGAUAUUCGGAUUCCAGCCUUGAGAUCGACCCUUGUUUGCAAACUUGCUACUGCAGACGAUCUACAGCCCAAAAUUAGUACCUACGUCCAAGAGGGCACCGUACAGUACCAGCUCACUAGUGUACUGACAACCCCCGCCUGUCCGGGAAAUAACACCGACUAUACUUUCAACGCCACAAUAUUCACUCUGAAGGACCUCAAGGAUGGACCAUUUGGAUACUCAAUCCAAUCUACCUGCUAUGCCAGGUACUACGUUUCAUCCACUUACACCGAGACCUACAUAUGGGGGCAUGUGAAAGGCACCUCUGUUGAGUACAUUAUGGCGAUGACGUGCAUGCAAUACGCGGAAAAUGUCGAUGUGGACGCGCGACUUAAAUUGCCGGAACUGGAAAUUGACCAAAGUCAUCCGCCAGUACCAAAUGAAUCAUCUGUCAGUCUGGACAAGGAUCUCUAUACCCCAAUUCCCGAAUGGUGGACUUUGAACACUGGUGGUCAAUACCCAACUCUUGAUGGAUUCUUCUAUCUCCUUGUUACUGGAAAAUACGCAAUCCCAUCCGACUACCUGAAACGACCCGAGAAGAACCAAACGGUGAUCGAUGCGAUCAAACGUCAACACAAAAUUAUCAACGCGCAACAGCUAAAUAAUUACACCCGGGGGACCGCAAACGACAGCAUUCCUCACCCACUACUCCAAGGAAACAUCACGAAUUCAAGUCGUCUGAGAUUGGUCCAAGAUGCCACUUCGACGCGGAUCUUGGAAGCUCUUUUAGGAAUGAUGCUCGCCCUGGGUAUCCUUGGAUCCGUUCUUUUAAACACAGACCACGUUUUGCCAAAGAAUCCAUGCAGCAUCGCGGCAGUCGCCAGCCUUUUGGCGGAUUCCCACUUACUCGAUCAAUUUGCGGACGGAGCUUGGGAUCCAAACCACAAGUCGCUUGAGAAGACCUUUGCCAAACGUCGAUUCUAUCUUGGAUGGUGGGAAAACGGGUCUGCAGCUGGGGCAGAACCCGGAAAAGUGUUCACAAUCGAUCAUACGUCGAAAGAGGAACAAGGAUGAGCGAUGGCUGCUUGAACUGUAAAGUUUAUUAUCUGAAGCCUCCUUCUGCUGGGAGUAAACUUUCUCGAAUUAAAACUAGAAUUUUCGAUGAAUC